ACAGCUGCCGUAAAGUAAAUUAAAAAAAAAAAAAAUGUCUUAUCGGCAACGUCGCGUCACACUUUUUAUACCGUUAAUAAGGAAUUGCGAUUGUGAAUGACUGGUAUAAUUCAGGAAAGUCAAAUAACUUAUGUAUGUACAUAUCGUGAUUACGAUUCGCAUGAUAAUUGCACGAGAAUAAGCGAUACAAACUUUGACAGAUGGCUGCACCAGUUGAGUUGAAUUGAAAAUCUUUUGAAAAAAAUCCGGAAAGACGUGUGCUGUCUCCUAAAUUUCCUAACAAUUGUAUAUAUACAUGUUAAGAGUCAAUCAUAUCGAUCUCACUAAUUGUGAUAAAAAAUAUAUAUCUCUCGUGUGCGCUGCGCGUGAUUAAAAACUAAAAGGAUUUAAUUCAUACAAAGAAUUGGAUGGAUGUGUCCUGCCUAAUAGUGCGAUAUCAACAAAGUACGUUAUCAAUAAAGUUCACGACGUUGUGUGAUAAAAGGAAAAAAUAGGAGUUUACUCACCAAAGAUGUUACUGAGAAUAUAUUCCUUAUGUGUUCUGAUGCUUGAUGUUACAAUGUUAUUAAGUGGCAUAUUCUGUACAAUUUUGAAUGCAAUCUACAGAACAUUCAGACCACCACCUUUGAAAAAUCUUAAUUGUGAAGUUGCCAUAGUUGUAGGUGCAGGACGUGGAAUAGGUAGAGAACUUGCCAUACAGCUAUGCCAGAUUGGGGUCACAGUUGCAAUGGUAGAUAUCAAUAAAGAAAUUUGUGAUGCCACUGUACAACGUGCUCGGGAAUUACAUGGGUUAUGUAGAGCUUACCAAUGUGAUGUGAGAAAUAAACAAGCAGUUGUUCAAACAGUAAAUCUUAUUAAGUCUGAUUUCGGAGAAAUUACAAUGCUCUUCCAUUGCUGUAGUUUACCCAGUCCACGUGCCUUAGUGCAAGAAUCAUCAGAUGUAGAGGACACAAUGCAUGUGUCAGUUAUUAGCCAUUUUUGGUUACUGGAUUCAAUUUUGCCAUGUAUGCGACGUGUUGGUAAAGGCCAUAUUACAUUAUUGUCGUCUGUUGCGGGUCUUUCAAAUGGUUCGAGUGGACGUGGAACCAGAGUUCCCUUGUCUACUGCACAAUUUGCUUUGCAAGGUUUAGCUGAAUCUUUGCACAUGGAAUUAAGACAUUCAGAUAGCAAUAUCAUUGUCUCGUUAGUUCAUGUUUAUCCGUUUAUUAUUGGCGCAGAAACUGCAAAGGAUAUACGUUUUAGAAUACCAAGUUACUUCGGAACUAUAUCGGCUGUAGAAGCUGCUCGACAAAUUUUAGAUGGCGUUCGGCGAAAUUACGCUGAAUUUAGCGUACCAGGAUAUCUAUUUUAUCUAGGACAUAUAUUAAGGAUUCUUCCAAAAAAGGCAUCCUUUAUGUUACGAGAUUUAUUAGAUACUGGUGUUGAUUUUGCAUGAUGUAAUGUCAUAAGUAUGCACAUACAAAAAUAUACAUAUAUCUGGUGUUACAUAGUUA